AUGUCUUCCCGUCUUUUUGUCUUUUUUCUCAUUUGCUAUGCGACAGCCGACAAAAUCGAGGAAUCAAAUUCUGGUGGAUAUCAGUUAUUCACAUGGAAAUGGGACGAUGUUCACCACGUCUAUGUUAUUACAGUAUGGCUUCUCAUCGCCUCGCUAGCUAAAAUCUUAUUCAAUUUAAUGAAACCAAUAUCAAAAUGGCUACCAGAUUCCUCACUUCUUAUUAUUGUUGGACUGGGACUUGGAUGGGUUCUCCAUCAGACAACAUUGAGUGGAGCUACUUUAGACUCUCAUACUUUCUUUCUUUACUUACUUCCACCUAUCAUUUUUGACGCGGGUUACUUCAUGCCUAAUAGAGCUUUAUUCGAAAACUUCGACUCAGUCCUUGUCUUCUCAGUUUUUGGUACAAUUUGGAAUACAUUCGCCAUCGGAGGCUCACUUCUUCUCAUGGCUCAAUAUGAUCUCUUCACAAUGUCUUUCUCAACUUUCGAGAUUCUUGUUUUCUCUGCACUCAUUUCGGCAGUUGAUCCAGUUGCAGUUAUUGCUGUUUUUGAGGAAAUUCACGUCAACGAAUUUCUUUUUAUCAAUGUUUUCGGAGAAGCACUUUUCAAUGAUGGUGUUACUGUGGUUUUGUAUCAAAUGUUCAAAAGUUUUGCGUUAAUUGGAUCAGAUAAUUUAUCAGUUUUGGAUUAUGCAACAGGCGGAUUAUCAUUCUUUGUUGUCGCUCUUGGAGGAGCUGCAAUUGGAGUUAUCUUCGCAAUUGCAGCUAGUUUGACUACAAAGUACACAUACGAUGUCAGAAUUCUAGCCCCAGUUUUCAUUUUUGUGCUUCCUUACAUGGCAUAUCUUACUGCUGAAAUGGUAUCACUUUCUUCCAUUAUUGCAAUUGCAAUUUGUGGAAUGUUGAUGAAACAGUACAUUAAAGGAAAUAUAACGCAAGCAGCUGCAAACUCUGUGAAAUAUUUCACAAAAAUGCUCGCUCAGUCAUCAGAAACAGUCAUUUUCAUGUUUCUCGGUCUCUCAACAAUCUCUUCUCAACAUCAUUUCGAUCUGAUUUUUAUCUGCGCAACUCUCUUCUUUUGUCUCAUCUACAGAGCCAUCGGAAUCGUUGUUCAAUGCUACAUUUUGAAUAGAUUCCGAAACAAAAAGUUUGAAGUUGUCGAUCAAUUUAUUAUGUCAUAUGGAGGACUUCGUGGUGCCAUUGCAUACGGUCUCGUGGUCUCAAUUCCAGCCUCGAUAACAGCAAAACCAAUGUUUAUCACAGCUACAAUUGCAGUGAUUUACUUCACAGUAUUCCUUCAAGGAAUCACUAUACGACCAUUAGUAAAUUGUCUGAAAGUGAAAAGGAAAGAGGAAAGAGACCGCACAAUGGUGGAGAGUGUUUACAAUAAAUACUUGGAUUAUAUGAUGUCAGGAGUUGAAGAUAUUGCUGGGCAGAAGGGACAUUACACUUUUAUCGAAAAUUUCGAAAGAUUCAAUGCAAAAGUAAUCAAGCCAGUAUUAAUGAGACAUCAGAAAAGAGAGAGUUUUGAUGCUUCUUCAAUUGUUCGUGCUUACGAAAAAAUAACAUUAGAAGAUGCAAUUAAAUUAGCGAAAGUCAAAAACACGAUUCAAAACAAGAGAUUGGAGAGAAUCAAGAGUGAAAAUAAGGUAGCACAAUCUCUUCCUGACAAGAUUUCGUCCAACCAGAAGACGGUGACACCGAGAGAUUUGCAAUUAAAGAAGUUUAUGGAAUCUGGAGAGAAUAUCGAUUCAUUGUACAUGCUGUUCAGUGAUUUAUUGGAUAGAAAGUUACAUGAAAUGAAUACAUCUCCAAUUCAGAAAAAAGAAACGGAAGGUUCGGAUGAUAUUCAAGACGAUUAUAUGGCCGAAGUGGGAUCACGAUCAAACCUAUCAGCAAUGUUCCGAAGUGCUGAACAACUGCCAUCAGAAGAAGCAUUCCAUCGGGGAAGAAGACAAUCAACUGGAGAUUUAAAUGCAACGAAAAGAGCCGAUUUCAAUGUUUAA